AUGCAUCUCGGAGAGGGAUUCAAUGGAGAUGACAAUCAUGACAACUUGAAUGUAGACAUCCUAGAUGAUCUCGAUGAUGACCCAGAAGAUUUUACCGAGACAUCUGAUACAUGGACAAACUCGCCCGAGCUCAUUGCGAUCCAAUUGCCAUCAAACCUCGGGGUAGAUAGAUGCAGACACUUGAUGGCAGAGGAUCUCAUUCCGCUGGAGAUCUCCCUUCGCAAAGGGCAGGCAAAUGAUGCACUUCACAACCUCCGCAUUCACUUGUGCAACAAGGCAGUCCUAUUCCGAACGACGGUCAGGCAAGCCAAAUCUCAAGCCCUGAAAACUCGAGCCUGGUCGCAGGUGACGUCAGUGCAGCAGGCUGUCUCCCUGCAUGCGAGUAUAUAUACCAAGACCAGGACGCAAAUGAUGAAACUUGACACAGGGCAUGGCCAACUUCAGAAGUACAAACCCCUGCUUUGCGAGCAGCUCAAAGUCAACACUGCCGUGGGUGAUCUGAAUGCCCGUGGUCAAUGA